AUGGACCAUCACAUUGUCGUGUUUGACUUUGUAGAGGAAAGGAGGCUUCCUGAUUUUCCUACACAUGUUUGUGAUCGGGAAAAGACUCGCACAUUUCUCAAACUCACACUCGACAGGAAGGUAGUGCAAAAGCUACUGAUCGGCACCAUCAACUGGAAAUGCUUGAAGAUUGUCAUUUGUAUUAUAAUUGUCCAAGUAAGAAUGAAAGACAAUAUCCUUCCGGUGAAUGAUGAUAUUUCGACUGGCAGAGGCACAUCACUUGCGACUGCGUUCGAAGAAGUCAUAGCUUUGCCUGGACACCGUGGAGUUAUCACUCAGUACCUUGACUCAGAAUUCCACAGUCAAGGGUCAUACACCACCACGAUUGUAGCUUUUCCUGGACACCCUGGAGUUGUCACUCAGUACCUUGACUCGGAACUCGACAGUCAAGGGUCAUAUACUACCAUGCUUUUCCUGGACGCCAUAGAGUUGUCAUGUAGUAUCUUGACCCGGAACUCGACAGUCAAGGGUCAUACACCACCACGUCAAGGGUCAUACACUACCACGCUUUGCCUGGACGCCAUAGAGUUGUCACUUAGUAUCUUGACCCGGAACUUGACAGCCAAGGAUUGUACCCCACCGCGGUACUUCGCUUACCAUUCAAUAGUCUUCGUGUAUAUUUAG